UUCAAUAUUAUUAAAGUCAGCGAUUACGGUGCGACGUUUUGUGUUUCCGCAUAGCUCGCAAUCCAGAUCGUAUUGCUCACUCCACGGGAUAGAUUCCGUUUCUGUCUCCGUCCCUGGAUCCAUUCUGGAUCUAGCAUUAGAUGGUAGCAGAGCCGACAGCGGUUCUCUGAAUUGAUUUGAUUUGAUUUGAUUUGUGUCAGGCAUAUUUGGCCUGUUAUCUGACGUGUUUUCUGUGACCAGUAAGGCACAGGUCUGUUCAAAAGCAAAGCGCACACCACAAGCGGUGCAAUUUUCCCCCAUCGGACGCGGAUUCCCAGCUUCGGUUUUCGGUACGGUAUCUUCAGCGAAGAACCGUGCUGUUUCCUUAGCUGUGCAAGAGUGCAAGAGUUCAGUCGUCAGUGUUCCUCGGUGUAGAGUCUUCAGCGAAGACCUACACUGGUGUCACUGAUACUCGGCAAGGCUUCAGCGAAGCCUAAGCCGUGGGCCACAAGAGGCGAAGCGCCGAAAGGGGCGCACGGGAAAAGAUAGAUCAGACUCCUCGAAACUGGGUGUAGAGCACUACUACUGUUGCUACGGCCGGCACGGUAGCAGACUGAUAGCGCGAGGCACGCUACGGAACAGCGGCGACGCGGGAGCGGACUGUGGAAGAAGAAAUUGGAUCAUUUGGAUCACUUCCCCGUGGAACGGACGGUUAACAGAUUUAAAACGGAGAAGAUGGCACAGAAAGGUCAAGCCACUCCUAAAAGCUCAGGACCCGCAUCAGAGAUAAACAGAUCUACGGGCUACAACCCAAAGUGUCCGGACUGUUUACGGAAUAACAGAAAGGUUGAUAAGAAGUUCCCGUGCUACACAUGCGUUCACAACUUGGGGGACCGCCACAUUGUUUCACUCGUUGGGAUCAUGGAAGCUAAACGAGGGAACUUGGACGUUUUUAGAAACCUCAUCAACGCGAGGAAUUAUGGCAGCAUCCCAGUAGAAGAGCGAAUGCUCCUCGAGGAUCGUUACCGAGAAGCGAUCCAGAAUAACGAAAGUGGUUGGGACGAGACUUUGGAGCCAUUGAAAUGCCCACAGACGGACGCAUACCGGAAGAAGUUCGAGGAAGAUCAAGAGAAGAUGCGGCGGCAACAGCUGGAGGAUGAACUCCGGGCGAAGAUCAAUGCGGCGAAUCAAAAGGCGAGCGAACAGGCCGCACGAGAGGCGCUGCCCAGUCCGUCGAGUUCGACUGUAGCGACAGCCAGCCUCAACGAAGACGAAGCACAGCUGAUACGCCAGUCGCUCAUCAUUCAGAUCGAUACGCUGACAAGCGAUCCGGCGGCCAUGCAACAGGACUUAUUUGAUGCGCUGUUACGGGAAAAGUUGAGACUGCAGAAGGGUUUCGCUCCAGCACCAUACAUAAAGAAGGCAGUUGAAGAACGUAUGGAGGAGCUGCGCAAAUCCCGUCAGAACGAGAGCAAUGUCCUACAGGCGCUUAGAGGAUUCAGACGAGAUGAUGGGUUUACACGACCUCGUUCGCCUCCGCAUAGAGAAAGGUCACGCGGACAUUCACGCGAACACGAACGAACUUCUGAACGACGAAAUGAAAGGUCACGUGAAUACUCCCGUUAAAGGACACGUGAUUACCGCAGCGAAAGGUCACGCGAACGUUCCCGUGAUCGCGAUUAUCGUGGCGGAAGAGGCUGGGUACGCCAUGGAAACGAGAUUACCGAGACGAGUAUUCAGCGGAAAAUCGAUACGGCAAAGAUUUUGGCCGCGACAAGAGGACGUGAAGAGCAAUGGCGUGCGGAGACGUACCGUACAGAGCCUGACAAGAAAGGUCAUCAGGUGCCGUUGGAAGUUGGAUUCCGCAACCGCAAUGUUAGAAUGUCAACACCUGAAAGGUCAUGGGAUAAAAGACGCGAACACACGCGAAUUAGAACGCCAGACCCACAGGAUAAACGAUGGCAGGAAAGAGCCAAGUAUUAUGCGGGUUUUGAAUCUGGCGCAAGUAAAAGGUCAUCGAGCGCAGAAAGGGAAGAUUCACCCCCGAAGUAUCAGAGAAUGGAGUCAACGGUCCAUGUGGUGAAUCCAAUCAUUAGCGCUGCUCAAGAAGAUGACCCGAUGGAAGGAGCCAGUUCAGUCGCAGAAGCGUCCCAAGAGAACGUGAUACACCGAAGAAACGUGGUCCUUGACAGUGACCUUCAACCGUCCACAUCGACGGGUAACGAAACGCCGCAGAGCGGACGACGUGAACAAGAAGGUCAGCGCGAACCGGAGGAACGCGACCGGCGAACGACUUCACGAUUCAAUAAUCGACACCCCGACACAAUCGAUAUGGAAUAUGAUAUGAGAGAUACCGAUGAACAGAAGAUGGAAAUUUGCCGAUACAUGGGGAUUGAAGACGAUUCGGCGGAUGCGAAUAAGAUUCACACGAUCCUGAAUCAGCUUCGCCAAUUCUUAUUCGAUUCGGGCUACGCGAAAGAAAUUAGAGAGGGAGUGGAACAAGGAAGUUUCCGUCGAUUAUACAUCCCCCGCGAUUCAGUAAGGGAUUGUUACCUCCCUGUCCGACGAAACGGAUUACAUAGUCUGCUGGAUUUGAAUUUGUUGGACGUGCCACUGGAUACGACUGACCCAGUCGGGAUGACACAAUUCUAUUAUAGAGACUAUCCCGAACGACAAGAAUAUGUGGCUCAGUUUGUUUUACGACACGUGAAUCCAGCCUUCAAGUUGCUCGCAGCAAGAGCAUCGAUCGGAUUACAAGUGGAUCCUAAAGACCAUGCCGCAAGAAGGAUGGGGCAAAAGGUUUUCGCUGCGAGAUUGGCACAUUAUAAGACACAGAAUCAGUUGGUAUCUAAUACCAUGAAAGAUGAUAUCCCACCGCUCUUUCGACCGCAUGUGGCGAAAUUGGGAGAACCCAUGGAACAUGUCGGGAUAGCCCAUACGGCAAGAAAGGCGCUGAAAAAGUGCAAAAUACGAAUGGAAAAGGGCAAUCUUACACAACGACAUGCCUCCCAAGUUGAAGAGAGGAUCAACAAGAUCAAAGACACCAUGGGAAGUGACUACGUCGAACCAGUGGACGGAGUUGAAACGUACAUUGAUGAAUUCCUUGUGAAGAAAAGUGAUCGGCGCCCAGAACGCGCUCCUAACCAGAUUGGACGACGUGGUCUACGAAACCAGCAGCUCCGGAGAAUCUCGCCGAUGUACAGCGUCGACUAGCAGAUGACCCCAACAAUCGAAGACUGCGGUUGGAAGAAAAUGACGCACGCCAUCGGGUAGAGGCGGUUAAACGCAGUCGCCAAGGGAAAGGUCGCGGUCAGCGAGAAGUUGACCCGGAAAAGGUCAUGGCAGUUGAUUCCACGGAACCAGUUGACCGAACGUCCGACCGUAAUCAACCGGAAAACGCUAAGAGGCGCCCGCCAAGCGAUGGCGACGGCGACUCAAAUGAAACGGAAUAGUGUUGAUCGUUAGGAUCACACUAUUAAAAGGGCGUCUACGGCAUAUGUCGGUACGUCACAAAAAUGAAACAUGGUGUGGUAUAUAAGGGCGACAUGACAUAUUACUAUAAACUGUAUUUGUGUAUUUGUUGUUUUCAGCAUUUAUAGCACAGAACCGCAAAGGAUAAAGAAAUCAUGUGGAGCAGCGAUUGGGGUUGAAAUUGAUUCGGUCUAUAAAGCCGGCCCCAAGGGAGUUGCUACGGCAGUUAGCCGGCUCUCCUCCUUAAGCGAUUCAAUGUUAUAAAUUGGCAAGAGAAACUACGGUAAUCAAGCCGGAUCUCUUGAAUACGAAAGUGGGCCACAAGCGGCGAAAAAGAGAAAGACAACAGGUGGAAAUAUUAAUGAGGUAAACUUGAUGCGGCAGUCAGCCGGCCUCAUUAGAGUUGCUACGGUAAACUAUGCCGGCAAUCUCUCCGAGCGACCCAGUGUUAAAAAUCAACGAGAGAAAUAGCGGCAACCAAGCCGGAUCUCUCGUACCGAAGUUGGGCCACAAGCGGCGAACAAAAGUCAAAGAUUAAAAGUGGAAGCGUCGUGAGGUAAAUUUAAUGCGGUAGUUAGCCGGCCCCAUCAGAGAUGUUACGGUAAACUUUGCCGGCACUCUGGCCGCUCGAGGCAUAUUAAAGUUGGAUGUGCGACGGAAAGGUCAAACCAAAAGUUUUACCAGGGAGGCAAGCAAAGAAGUGCUUGAAGCCGCAGAAAACUGGCUGAGUUCCUCCAUGACCUUUAAUUGAAGUUUGAAGAGAAGUUGGAUGACCUUUGGGAUCAUUACCGCCCAACAGAGUCACCGCAUUGGAAUUCAAGUCGCAUGACCUUUUUGGGACCACUAACCCAAAACGAGUCGCACAUCUCAACGGAUCAUCUCGACAGAAGAUGACCAAUCAGGGAGGAAGCGAACUACGCUUGUCUACAUGACGUCCCUCCAUGACCUUUAUUGGAUCUCAUUUUGGAGUCGUACAAUUGAUACGCACCUUAUUCCAAAGAAGAAGCAGUAUUCCUAAGUCGUACUUGAUACGCACCUGAUUCUCAAGCGGAUUGUGAUGAAAGUCGCACUAUGGAUGCGCGGAAUUGCUCAAUAGAGCGAAAUGGGCCAAAGUGCGGAAACGGUGGACAGGACCUGUGACCUUUAUGAGUCAGAAAUGGAGGAUCCUAGUCUACAUUUUGAUUAAUACUUCUGUUGAUCUUAUAACUGUUGAUCUGUUAAAUGAUAGUAUUUUUCUAAAUGGAUCUCUUUAUUCACAUCUUGUUAAAUGGAAUUGUGCCUUAUGGAAUUGAUGUGAUAAAAAGGAAUAAGAGAAUUUGAUGUUUUUGAGCACGCACAGACACCGGCGACCGCCGUCUUUUCGUGGAUUCGGGAGUGUGUCCAGCCUCAACGGAGCUCGGCAUCCCCCCAGAGGCAUGUGAGCGGGGGUUCACUAGCGUUCACGUCCGUGACGCUACUCGCCAUGGAUUACGUGUCUGUGUUGUGUCUCGUCUCUGAUUGGCUAGUGGGUGCGGCUUAGCACGUGCUGCACAGUAUUGCACAGUGUGGAAUUGGCUCCACGUUUUACGAUCGAGCUGUGCCGAUCAGUGUUGAUUUUCUGUUAUCCAGACUUUCAAUAUUAUUAAAGUCAGCGAUUACGGUGCGACGUUUUGUGUUUCCGCAUAGCUCGCAAUCCAGAUCGUAUUGCUCACUCCACGGGAUAGAUUCCGUUUCUGUCUCCGUCCCUGGAUCCAUUCUGGAUCUAGCAUUAGACGACCAUUUCGUCCUAAGCUGUAAAUGUAUCAAGGAAGCAGCGCAACCCUGUACGGAAAUAUGUGAGAGGAGGAGUGGCCUCCCCGCACACCCGCACUGGUGCGGGUGCUAAGUUGUUUUGCUGUUUUUGCUAGUGAUUUUCUCCAUCUACCAGCUCUUCGAUCUGGUAGAUUCUUCAGUUGCUAGCCAUCGUCGUCUGAGUAACUUGCUGUUCUUUUAGCCCCGCAGCAUUCUGCUGUGUCAUGUGAAUGGGAUAUAAAGUGUGCAGUUGAUUGUCGGGUGUCUUGCGUUUCCGCAUAGCUCGUAGUAUAUAUACAACACUGCUCACUCUGCAGGAUAGAUUCCGUUUCUGUCUCUGUCCGUGGAUUCUUCCUAGAUCCACCAUCAUAUAUGGUUAGCUUCCACGAAGCGAUGACCAUUGGUGAACCGCGUUUGGAAAAAGGCCGUGCGCUAGACCUGAUCUGAUUUGGGCAAUAAAAUACGCACUCUGCUGUCCUGUGCUAAAAAGCUGAAUGAGACAACAGGGACCAAGACACUGCCUUGUGCCUUUAAAGCCGCUAACCUAAUCAUGUCGAAAAAGAAAGACGCGGAUUUUAUUAAAAGCUUUUGCUGCAAUGCUAAAGCAUACCAGACCUGCAUUCGGAACCAAUUGGCUAAUAACUGCGACCAGGAAGCGCAGCAGAUAUUUGGCAACAUCUGGGGCGCACUAUUCCUGGCUUUCCAGUGUAACGGCCCACGUGGUGCGAACUGUCCGGUUUGGCAAGCGGGAUUGCCCAGCGGCCAUCUCAAGUGGGAUCUAACGUCGUUAAUGAUGAGACCAUGAGAAUGCCUGUUUCUGAUGUCUAGAGACAAUCCCGCUGAUUGCUUAUAAUCAUUUUAUGGAAAUUUACGUAGUAUUAUAAAAAUCAACUUACUAGUUGCUGUCGCGAAGUUGAUGUUGGCUUACUCAUUGGCUAGUAAAA